AUGUCACAGCUCUGGACCAAACCAACAUCCCCCAUCACGGAGACUGGACCCCCGAGUCCACCGCGGGCAGAGUCCCCCAAGGACUCGGGGCGACAAAAGAACCCAGGCCGGCGUAUCGCACAGAUCGUCAAGUUAAAGCCGGAGCACGUCGCCGAGUACAAGAAGUGCCAUGCGAAGGUAUGGCCGGAGGUAUUACAGCAAAUCAAGGCCUGUAACAUAGCCGAUUACAGUAUCUUCUGGGACGAUGCCAGCGGCAUCCUCUUCGCAACUUUCAAGUAUGUCGGAUACGACUAUGCGGGCGAUAUGGAGCGCAUGAAAGAGAACCCCAAGGUGCGAGAAUGGUGGGCCAUGACGGACGCCUACCAGGAGAGCUUGGUGCCAGGCGCGAAAAGCAGCGAAUCCGGGGAACCGAGCUGGUGGAAGGGCCUGGAAGAGGUGUUCUACUUGCCAUGA